UCUGGGUAAAGAUGGCGGACUCGGAGAUGUGUGUCAGGAGCAGCCGGGAGUUAUGGACGAUCUUGCUGGGGAGAUCUGCACUUCGAGAGCCGGCCCAAAUCGAAGCGGAAUUAGAUCGGAACUGGGAGAGACUUCUGCAGGGUCUGUCCUUCUUCAAACCACCCAGCACAUCGGCCGCAGACAAGCUGAAAGCCGAUAAAGACACGGCACAAGCUCUCAAAGAAUUUGGCCUCAGAAUCAGUAAACUGCUGGGUUUGGAUGAACAGCAGAGUGUCCAGAUUCUUCAGUGUUACCUCCAAGAGGACUACAGAGGGACUCGAAACACACUCAAGGCUGUGCUACAGGAUGAGAGACAGAGUCAAGCUCUUCUUCUGAAGAUAGCAGAUUACUACUAUGAAGAAAGACUUUGUGUGCUGCGCUGUGUGUUACACCUCCUCACAUACUUCCAAGAUGAAAGACAUCCAUACAGGGCCGAGUACUCCAACUGUGUGAGUAAACUGGAGAAAGAUCUAGUGUCCAACUGCAGACAACAGUUUGGGUCACUAGCCAAAUCAGAAGCUCCGACAUGGGAGACGCACGGAAACCUGAUGACGGAAAGGCAGAUGUCCCGCUGGUUUCUUCAGUGUCUGAAGGAGCAGGCCCUGCUUCUGGAGAUCUUGUUCCUGUAUUACGCAUACUUUGAGAUGCCACCCACUGACCUUUUGACCUUCACACGCAUGUUUAAAGAGCAUGGCUUUGGGCAGCGGCAGACCAAUCGACACCUCGUGGACAAGAACAUGGACGCUCUGGUUGAUCGCAUUGGGUUUUUUAGUUCUUUGAUUCUUGUGGAGGGGAUGGACAUUGACUUCCUGCAUAAAUGUGCUUUGGAGGACCGAACAGAACAGCACCAGUUUUACGACCAGCUGGAUGUUUGCAAGGAGGUGGAUCAGAUGCUGUUGACAUUUGGCGACAUUUCUCAUCAUGGGCCGGUUCUGUUGGCUUGGGUUCUGCUGCGACACACGCUGCGUCCAGAAGAGGUGGGCUCUGUGAUCAGACGUCUGGGACACAUCACACUGCAGCUUGGGGUCUUCCAGAACCUCACCAACAUGUUGCAGGCACUCGGCAACACUGGGAAUAACUGUACAGCCAGUACCGCACGGAUGUGUAUUUAUGGUCUCUUGUCUUUUGUCAUCACAUCUUUUGAAGAAGACACACUUGGCAGCCAGCAGCACCUGAUCAAUGCAGCAUGUGAGGUUCUCGCUGCUCCAAGUCUGGCUGAACUGUUCUGGGAGUCGAAACCGAACAUGGGUCUGGGUGUGAUUCUGGACAGUGCUGUGGGUGUGUUUCCAUACAAGACCGGACCUUUACUACAGCUACUUACUGCCCUGCUGUCUGACAAAUCUACAGCUAAGAAGGUAUACACCUUCUUGGAUAAGAUGUCGUUCUACACCGAGGCCUAUAAGCACAAACCUAAUGACGUGAUCUCCAGAGAUGAUGGCACUCUAUGGAGGAGACAAACUCCUAAACUCCUCUAUCCUCUGGGUGUGGGGCAGACGAACCUGCGCAUGCCACAGGGCUGUUUCGGGCAGGUGUGUGAGGGGAAACAGCUGUCUUUGGGGGAACAGGGUUUCUUGGUGCGCUGGGACUAUUCCUACAGCUCCUGGACCCUCUUCACCUGUGAGAUUGAAAUGUUGCUGCACGUCGUCUCUACUGCAGAUGUGUUAGCUCACUGUGAGAGAGUGAAGCCCAUCUUGGACCUGGUUCAUAAGAUCAUCAGCACUGAUUGGACGGUGUCUGACUGUCUGCUGCCGCUCACAUCACGGAUCUACAUGCUGCUGCAGAGAUUGACCUCCGUCAUUAAUCCCCCGGUAGACGUGAUCACUUCCUGUAUCAACUGUCUUAUUGCUCUGGCCGCUCGGCAGCCUGGAAAGGUUUGGUCCAGUCUGCAUCACACAGGGUUCCUUCCAUUCGCCUCCACCCCUCUGACUAACAUGGCGCAGACUAUCAGUGCGGAGGGCAUGAAGGCCGGUAACUAUGGCAACCUACUGGUGUUGAUAGAACAGCCAAGAGGAGAGUACAGUGUGAGCAUCGCCUUCUUAAGACUGGUGUCCACACUCGUUAAGGGUCAGUUGGGCAGUACUCAGAGCAGAGGACUCAUCCCAUGUGUGCUGCUGGUUCUGAAGGAGAUGCUGCCCACGUAUCAUAAAUGGCGAUACAACACGUAUGGAGUCCGAGAGAGGAUCGGUUGUCUGAUUCUAGAGCUGGUUCAUGCGAUUCUCAAUCUGAGUCAGGAAGGGGAGUCAGAGGGCAGUGCUCCCAGUCUUCAAACACUGUGUAUCUACAGUCUGGCCAAUACAGAAGCAGGACAGGCGGUGGUCAACAUCAUGGGCGUGGGAGUGGACACUAUUAACAUGGUGCUGGCAGCGCAGCCCAGCAGUGGUGGUUCUGAGGGACCCGGUCAGGUUCUGAUCCAGACGGUGAAGUUGGCGUUUUCAGUCACCAACAAUGUGAUCAGACUUAAACCGCAGUCUGAUACGGCCUCACCACUGGAGCAAGCUCUAACACAGCACGGUGGUCAUAGCAACAACCUGAUCGCUGUGCUGGCGAAGUAUAUAUAUCACAAGCACGACCCAGCACUGCCACGACUUGCCAUACAGCUACUGAAGAGACUCGCCACGGUGGCUCCCAUGUCCGUGUACGCAUGUCUGGGAAGUGACGCUGCUGCAAUCAGAGACGCAUUUCUGACACGUCUGCAGAGCAGAACUGAAGACAUGCGCAUUAAAGUCACCAUCCUGGAGUUCCUCACCGUCGCUGUAGAAACACAACCCGGACUUAUCGAGCUCUUCCUCAACCUGGAAACCAAAGAUGCCAGAGAGGGGACAAAGGAGUUUUCUUUAGGUGAGUGGAGUUGUUUGUCAGUUGUGUUGGAAUUGUUGGACUCUAAACAGCAGGGGAAGUACUGGUGUCCUCCACUGCUGCAGAGGGCAGCACUCGCCUUCCUCCACGCGCUCUGGCAGGACAGACGGGACAGCGCUCUCUCUGUUCUCAGGACCAAAGAAAAAUUCUGGGAAAAUCUCACCGCUCCUUUAUUUGGAAACUUACCACCCCCAUCGGAGACCACAGAGCCAUGUGUUCUGGAAUCUUGUGCUUUUGUGAUGAAGAUAAUUGCCCUUGAGAUCUACUAUGUUGUCAGUGGUGUGUUGGAUCCGUCUCUGAAGGCAGCUUUGGAGAGUUUCAGCACUAAGCGCCGUUACGAGUUCUGGUCAGAUUAUGUGCGUGAUUUGGUGUGUUUGGCGUGUGAUAGUGAAGAGGAGGGUCUCCGCUCGCUCUCUGAAUCUCAGAUGCUCAUCUCUGCAUGGAGGACACUCUUAAUACUCUCCAGCAGUCAUUCUGAAGUGAUGCAUCUAAAAGAUUCUGUCAGGCAUAAACUUUUUAUGGACGUCUUGGAAGGAACCAAAGCAGCACUGUUGAUGUCUCAGUCUGUGUUCUGUCUGCGACUGGGAUCUAUGAUGGUCACGUUGCUCCUCAUCCUACUCAAACAGUGGAAAAGUGUUCUGGUAUCAGCUCCAGCUCUUCUUCCUCCUCUGUCUCUGAUGUUAGAGAGCGUUUUACAUGCUGAACAACAGCUGAUGGACCGAACCAAAGCCAAACUGCUCGCAGCGCUCAUCUUAGUUCUGCAGAUACAGGGACUCAACGGUGGAGAGAUUACCCAGCUGCCCCAGCUGCUGUUAUGUGUGUGUGAAAUGGUUCAGGAUGAGGCCCUGGCAUUGAUCGACAGCACACGUCACAUGCUCAAGAAAGGUGACAUUCAGGAAGACAGCAUGGAGACUGACAGUCCACACAGCGUCCAAAAAGACCAGCGAGACUCUGUGUGUGUGUUGGCUCUUCAUCUGUCUAAAGAGUUGUGUCGGGCUGAUGAGGAUGGUGAGCAAUGGCUGCAGGUGGUGAGGAAGCUGCCAGUUCUGCCAUCAGUUCUGAGCGCUCUAGAACUCAGCCUGCGAUCUAAGCAGAACCUGUACUUCACUGAGGCGGCACUUCAUCUGCUGCUAACAAUCGCAAGAACACCACAGGGGGCAGCAGUGGUCGCAGGUGCUGGAGUGAUUCAGAGCAUCUGUCUUCCUCUCCUCAGUGUUUAUGAGGGUCCGGCUAAUGGAGCUACUCAGGCGUUUGUGCGUAAAUCUCAGGACGCUCCCAGUUGGCCGGGUGUGUACAGAUUGAGUUUGUCUCUGAUGGAAAGCCUGCUUAAAACUCUCCGUUACAACUUCAUUAAUGAAGCGCUUGACUUUGUGGGGGUUCAUCAGGAGCGCAUAUUGCAGUGUUUGAACGCAGUGAGAACGGUUCAGUCUUUGGCGUGUCUGGAUGAGGCCGAUCACACGGUGGGCUUCCUGCUCCAGCUCUCUAACUUUUGCAAAGAAUGGCAGUUUCACCUGCCGCAGCUGCUCCGAGAUAUACAGGUGAAUCUGUGCUAUCUGUGUCAGACGUGUACAUACCUCCUUCACAGCAAGAAAAUGCUCGAUCAUUACCUACAGGCAAAGAAUGGGGAGGGGCUUCCCCAGGGACCACACCCACAACGUGCUGCACAGCCCGCCUCCAAAGAGCAGGUGGGCGGAGAGAUUGAGGAGGCGGAGUCUAAAGCACUACAGGCAGUUCAGUGCAGCCUGUUAAAGAUUCUCAGCAAAACUCUGGCGACAUUACAACACUUCACACCAGACUGCUGUCAGAUCUUACUUGACCAGUCCAUGGACCUGGCGGAGUACAGAACUCUCUUUGUGUUGAGUUUUACAACUCCUGCGUUUGACUCUGAUGUGGCUCCGUCGUUUGGAACGCUGCUAGCCACCAUUAAUGUGGCUCUGAGCAUGCUGGGAGAGAUUGAAAAGAAAAAAGAGCCAGUUUUCUCCUCCGAGGACACACAAGCACUAAAGUCUUUGUUGAUGUUCUCGAUGGAGAACUGUUUCUAUGUGUUGAUCUCUCAGGCUGUUCGCUGUCUAAAGGAUCCUUCAGUUUCACCCAGAGACAAACAGAGACUGAAACAGGAGCUCAGCUCAGAGCUGAGUACAUUGUUGUCUACAUUAUUUCGAUUUUUCCGGCGAGGUUCCCCCUCCUCCCCCGCCAGCGGUUUGCUUCCCUCACCGCAAACCAAACCACACACACCGGGAUCCAAGGGCACGCCGGAGGGACAGGAGCCUUUCAUCCAGCUCGUCCAAGCCUUCGUCCGGCACGUUCAACGCUAGAUGAAUUACAUUACACGCCGCAAACUUAAUGCUCUGAUCAGAGCUCAGUACUUGGAAAAAGCUGACGAUUCAGACAUCUGAAUCAAAUUGUAAGGGAUUUGUUAAACUUCACGAGAAUGAAUCCGUUUGAGUGAUUCUGGGUCUUUAUGGUGCCAAAGAUUCUUGAGCAAUCUUCCUCUAACAGCACCUGGACUACACAGAGGGUUUUUUUUUUUCUCAUUACGCAUUCAAACAUGUUCUUUUCUUCUGGGUCCUUUGUAGUUACAUGUAUAUAAUACAAAAAUGUUAGACUUUUGCGUUAUCAUAUGUCAUGGGCUUUUUGUAUGUGCCAUAUCAACCACAAUAAACUAAUAAUGAUGCACAG